CGAUGGUUGUAUCGCAUUCCCGCUUAUGGUCGUAUAGGCAAGGUAACUUAUCGCCAAUCAGUCAAUCAGUCAAUUGAGAUAUAGUAGCAGAUCCGAGAUGGCUUCGUCCUCCUCUGACACCGGCGACGAUUCGAAAGUCAAUCUGCUGGAUCUGAGCGCAGCCGCGAUAUCCUCUGCCAUUGUUGCGGCCGAUCAAAUCAUCGCACUGGCUUCGGGCAAUGGCGACGGGUUGGACGACGCGGGGGACGAAAACAAAAAAAAUGCUAGGCUCAAGAUCGAUGGAUCCUUCGUUACGGAUGCCGAUAUGGCGGCACAGCAAAUCAUCGUCGACGCCCUCUACAAGGUGUCGAGUGGUAUAAGAAUCAUUGGUGAGGAGAACGAGGAGGAAAUGAGGAAGCGCGCCAUUACCGGCCACGAGAAAAAACUCGAAUCCAUGUUUGAAUUGGCCCGAAAGGAAGUAUCCAUGCGAUAUCAAGAGUUGCCAUGCGAUAAACUUCCAUUGUCGCAAAGCAAACAAGGAGAAAAGGACGAACCCGUAACAGCAAAAGAGGAUGUGACAGAAAAGGAUUCGUAUGUUGCUGUUAUCGACAAGAUGCAAGAAUACGAAGUCGGUACGAAUCGAGUCACUAUCUGGAUCGAUCCAUUGGAUGCCACGAACUCGUACGCGAAAGGGGACUACGGUCCUGUCUCGAUCCUGGUAGCCAUUAUAGUGGAUCAAAUACCAUGCUUUGGCGUCAUUUGCAAACCUUUUGGGUACUCGGGGCAACCACUGAUCCUGGAUACGGGAUGCAUGGCCGCUUAUGGGGGAACUCUUUUGGGUGCGGCCUACAUUGCGGGAGGUAGUCGCUUACAAAACAUCAAUCAGAACAAUCAGAUCGUCAUCACAAAAGACCUCCCAAGGGCGGUUAUUUCAAAAUCCCGCUCCCAAGGCAUUCAGAAUUUUGUCACACACAUGGCAGAAAAGGGACUCGUUCAUCCCGAUCCCCUUUUGGUCAGUGGGGCGGGGGAGAAAUCCCUGCGAAUAAUAACACGAUUUGAAAACGAGGGUCUAUGGUUUUUCCCGAGUGGUGGUACAUCCUUGUGGGAUGUUGCAGCUAGCGAUGCUCUUCUGAGAGCAAUUGGGGGAAAAUUGACCGACAAAUACGGGAACACCAUGGAUUACAGCAAGACCAGGAAAGAAGCAGAAAACGAGGACGGUGUCGUGGCUUGCUACGAUGAAAACUUGCACUCAGAGUGCAUUCGACUCUUCUCGGAGGCUUCGUGGGAAUAAUCCAACAAUUUAACGAACCGUUCGACGGAUUUUAAAGAUUGCUAUUCGAUCGGGUUUCUUCUGCGAUUCGCGCUCAGGUUGCAAUUGCACGUGCAGCACUGGAUCCGAGUUGAGCAUGAAAUUGAACACAAAUAAAACAGCCGCAUUCGAUCAUACAGAAAGAAAACAACUCCAGACAUAAUUCACAAAUACAACGAGUAGAAAACUCAAUUAGCGCAAAGUAAUUUACGGACAC